UAAAUUUAUCUGAUAAACUUUUAUUGCGUUCAUACUUUAAGGUUACGCAAGUAACUUGUAGAAACGAGGUAACACAGAGGUCCUCUGAGGUCUAAAAUCAACCCGUGAGUACAGCUCCCUUAUCACACUGUGUCCGAAAACCAUGAUAAAAGGCAAAACAUAAUUUAGUUUAGUCAUGUAUACUUAAAUUUAAGUGCAAGUUACUCCAUUCAUUCCCUGUUACUUACUAGACCUACGCUGAGUCCAACAAUAAGUAAGUUGGAGCCAGUUCUCAUGCGCAAGCAUAGCGGCUCUGCUACUCCACCUCUCGUGCCUCUUAACGUGGGGAGGGGGGGAGGCCGGCCUCCGGGGGCCGGACAGGCGGCAGGCAGGCUGGCAGCUGGCUGGACUCGGAGGGAGCACCGGAGCAGUUUAGGUUUAGCUUGAGAUGUGACUGUCACUGGAUGUACCACCGUCAUCUGGCUGGAUGAUGCCGCGUGCGGAAGGGGAAUCAUAAUGCAGCUGAUUAUGCCUGGUAAGCGCAAGUUUCGAGACGCCUGGAUAAAUGAAGAUUUUCAGUCUUGGCUAAAACCAGUUGAGGGAAACCCAGAAAGGGCUUCUUGCAGAAUCUGCCACAAGGAACUAAAUGCUGAAUUGACGUGUAUCAAAAGACAUAACACAAGUAAAACCCAUCUACAAAAUGAACGUGCAAUUGAUCUUGGACAGUUAGAGCUUGAAGGAAACCAAAUCGACAGCAGCACUCCCAUAGGAGUGAGUACUGCUACCAUUCUACUCGCAUGUUUCAUAGCAGAAAAUAAUUUGCCAUUCACUACUGCCGACAAGUUGGUCGAUUUGAUGAAGAGGAUGUUCCCCGACUCUGCUAUAGCUCAGGGUUUAUUCAUGAAGCGUACAAAGUGUACAGACGUGAUUAGAACCAUGGGGAAAACUGUAACAAACAGCCUGAUAAAAAAGUUGAGGACCAACAAAUUUUCCGUAAUCAUGGAUGAAUCAACUGAUGUAAGCACAACAAAGUCCUGCGCUGUAAUUGUAAGGUUUUAUGAUUCCCAUGAGCAGAAAAUCACCACAGCUAUGCUAGACCUUAUUAAUGUAUAUGACUCAAAUAAUGCUCAAGGUUCUACUGGAGAAAAUUUAUAUGCUCUCUUAAUAAAUACGUUGACAAUAUUAUAUAUUCCUCUCCUUUAUCUUGGAGCAGAACUUCACAGCUUGUUUCAGACAGAGUCCCUCAAAAACCGUGAUAUGGUGCAGGAUGUUAAAUAUAGAUGUAGACAGUUUUGUAUUUCCGUUUGUGUUGCAGUCAGGAAAAGGUUUGAUCUUGACAAUCCUUUGUGGGAAAUGGUUUCGUUUCUGUCAGUCAGUAAGGCUUUAGAUUACCGGUCAAGAAUAGCCAUGCCAUCUUUACAAGACUUAAUUAAACUUGUCCCUAGAAUAAACGCAGAAGAUAGCCAGAAGUUGGAUGAUGAAUGGCGGAGCUUAGAUUUUGUAUCAGUACCAGAUGAAAUAAGGCAUGAAAAAAAUAUUGAGGAAUUUUAUAAAGGGUUGGGUAAUCUAAAAGAUGAUGAAGGUCAUGUAAUGUUUUCAGCCUUAUCAAAUUUUGCUCUUCAUAUUUUAUCUUUACCAACAUCAAAUGCUGAUGCAGAAAGAGUCUUCAGUAAGUUAAAUUUUAUAAAGACAAAGCUUCGAAAUUCUUUACAGUUGCCAUCAAUUAUUGCUCUCAUAGCUGUGUCAGAGGAAGUUCAAAGAUAUGGUGGGUGUGUCCAAUAG